AUACUCCACUAGUAUAUAGCCCUCCCUUCAGUACGGAGCAUGCAGUGGUGAACGUGCCGGUCCGCUAUACAACUACUACGUAUAGUCAUGUAGGACGAUAUCGUCGAUGCAUACACCGACACUGCUUUGCCACAAGUAAAAGCUACCGUGCGCUCAAUCGCCUCCCCAUGUGUUAUUUCAACCAUGUCCUUACUGUCAGGCGUAUGUUAGCGACUGAGCUCUCUGUUACUAGCACAUAGUUGUGUUACCUUUAACAGAGUGGGAAAGGAUUUACCUUACUGAGUAUAAUAAUAGCAUGUCGCGUUUGAAUCUUUCAGAACCCGUGUGACGAACGACACGACUGGAGCAUCAGCAUACACUAUAGGACCGGUACAAAACGAAAUGGUCAACCUCUCAUCGCUCCUUCGAGACCCAUAACAACGAUGACAGUACAACAAUUGUCGACUAGGAGGAAGGAAUUCGAUUUGUGCGCUGUGUAUUGAUAAGGAAUAUGGUGUUUAUUAUUGUGUGUUAGGGUCAAUUCUUCAAUCGACGGAUAAAAAAAGUGGCAUGUCAUUUUUUUUUUUUUUUUUACAAAUCACGUGUUAUAAAAAAGAUGAAUGAAUGACAACGGUAUUUAUUUUGCGGUUUAGCCGCCCAAGUACCCGGCAGUUUUGGAUGCUACCCCGAGAAGAGGAAGCUUAAUCAGUUUUCGUUUUGUAUGUGUGGCCUCCCUAUUUUAUAAAGUGUUAAUAUAGAGGAGCUGAUGUGAGGUGGACAACCAGUGAAAUGUAGGGAGUUUAAGUGGCAGGACCAUUUUUUAUAUUCUACAUGGAUUCACCGUGGAGUUUAUUUCUGUUGUUCAGACAAAUAUGAUCGAAUCCACGUGGAGACUACUGUCCACAGUGGUUCUCGUACUUUUCGUCCUUUUGAUCACAGUGUCCGGGUACUCGUCAAAGCGCCGGGUUCUUGUCCCAAACUUUUUACCCACAAAAACGAAUGUCACCGUCCAUAUGGGAGAAUUAGCUGUUCUUCAGUGCAAGAUCCGGAAUCUCGGACCAAAACAGGUUUCUUGGCGAAAGGUUUCCCUGGAUUACCCGUUAACGGUCGGCACAUUGCUGUUCGACCCUCAAGAAGAGCUCAGUGUUGAUCACAAGAAACUGAGAGGGAUGGUCACCCAGUACAACCUCAUUAUCAAAAGGGCGCAGCCCCGUCACUCUGGGAAGUACGAAUGUCAGAUAAGCGCUACCAACAUUCAUACCCAUCAUGUAUACCUUACAGUGUUAGCAAUAAGUAUACGAGGAACAGAAUAUGUUAGUCGGUAUGAAGAAAUAAGGUUAGAUUGCAACGCCACAGGUGCCGUGCGGGCGCCGGACGAUAUUGAUUGGUUUCACAACGGUCACAUGAUAGUAAAGGACGAUCUAAGAUGGCGGGGCCGAAUUAAAGUUUCAAAAUACAAACCGGAAGUGCCUGGGAGAUCCCUUAUCAGCCAUUUAAUCAUUGAAUAUAGCCUACUGAGUGAUGGGGGACGGUAUGUCUGUCGGAGUUCUGAUUUAGAGACCGUCAGCAUGGACGUCAAUGUUUUAAACAGUGAAGAAAUGAAGUUAGUGCGCGAUGCAGGAAAAAAUCGGAGAGAUCCGAACAGAAAAGCACCGGUCAAAGACCUACCUAAAAGAGAAAAGGACACAGUUUCGAGAAGCACUAGUAGAAUGGAUCGGCCAAACGGGUCUUCAGCGAGUUCGAGAACUCUCUGCAAUACAUCGAUAUUGAUAAUUUUGUUAACUCUUUCGUCCCUUGUGACGAGGUGACAGAGAUGUUAAGCGUUUUCUUUAACUAUUGUUGAUAUAUGAUUCGCCACAUUACUGUACUACAAAAUACCUCAUAAGGUACUAUUGAAGGCACAGCAAUAUAUCUUCUUAUGAUGCACAGCAGAAGACGUGUACGAUGUUUAUUCAAAAUGUGAGUUUGAACUGCAUCCGUCUCAAGGCAUCGUAUCAUCAAAGGACGCCCUUAGCCAUCCGGAACCCCUUCGAUGACUAAGAACAGGUCCGAGGAGAUCCGAAGGACUGGCGCCUUUGAACCGGUGAUAUAUCUUGGUUGUGUUUAACUGUUACGGAAUAAUUAAUUGUGUUAACGCGUGAAAUGUCUGUCAUCUCAUUAUGUAUGUGCCGAGAGGCGGCUACUUAUGAUAUUUAAGGGAUCCGUUAAACUAGACAAAGCAGUUAUCACUUCUACUGCUAAGCUAAAACCAGAUAAAAAUGUCUGCCAUUAAGUGUGAACUGUGUUCGAAUGAACUAUGUAGACAGACGAGAUCGCGUUUUGAUUUCGUUUCAUUAUUUAAAUGAUAACGGAGAAAAUUCAUCAAAUCUAUGCGGUGAUUCCAGCCGUUAUCCAUCAACAAACACCAUCACAAAUAUCGAGUUUUGUCGUGUUUUCAUCUUGAAUGUAAUCUGGAUAUUUCCUAUGUAAAUAACAGAAAGGUUGACAGUGAAUGUUGCCAUAGGAACCUGUGAUAUAGCCUCAGAAGAGUAUCAAACAACUCGUCUACGAUUGAGAAAAGACUUAUGUUGACGAUGUGACGUAAUAUUUUUAAAUAUAAAUUUGAGGUUAAAACUGUACCAAGUGUACAUGGGGUUAGUGGAUAUGGUUCACUUGGAGCAAGAAUGGUGUCAAGUCUUGCAAUAACAAUUAUUCAGGAAAGCAAAGACCUCUACUCUACGAAGAGUGUUUUCGACUGCAAAACACACUAUUAUGCAACCACAUACAAAGCAUGUACAUAGCUGCGGUCGGACAGAGAUUUUGUACAUAUAUUUGUUACCAUAGAUAUGUUAGAUCCUACCCUGUGUCGGAUAUCAUAUGCGAAUCGUUACCACAUAAUUUUCACAUUGUCGUGGUAAGCAUAACCCACAAUCCUCGACUGAUUAUUAUAGUCUAGGACUGGGUUCUGUGGUUACUAUUAAGUCUGUUGAUGAUCUGUACAUCAAUACCUGUACGAGAGUAGCAUAUAACACAUAUCGUGUACAUAUUUGAAAUCAGAAAGAUGUGAUUAAAUAAUGUGACUGGAUGCCGAGAGCGUGAAUUAGAGAUGCAUUACUUUCAAAACUAUAUAUAUACAUAUAUAUUUAAUUUUUACUGUUAUAAGCGUAUGAAGUGGAAUAAACAAGGAAGAUAUACGCCUUUAGGAGAUGUGGUUUUAUUGCUACUUUAUAUUAUAUGUCAGCAGCUGUCACUGCAGAACACGUGGUGUUAAUUAUGUAACUUUUGAUACGAAAGAGCUCUGUUAUGCCUAUCCAACAACUUAUCAUUUGACGAGCAUAUAAUAUAUAGCGUAACAAUACUUUGGCAGUUGGCCGCGACAUAUCAGCAAGUCUGGUCGCCUGGUUACAAUACAUAGUCUACGUUAAUACUGAUAGAGUAGGGGGAAGGUAAACAAUUGACACCAGUCAUAUUUAAAUGAUAAACAUAUUGAGAAGGAAAACGUAGACUAAACAAUAUGAAAAAGAUGUUUAGAGGAAACGUUAUUGUCAACCACAUUUUUCGUCUUCGUAUAUGUAAAAGUGUUAUUCUGAUAACAUUUCCUCACUGAAGUCAUUACAUAAAACUGCUUUAAAUAAGUGUGUAAUAUUGAGACGUUUGUAAAGAAUACAAAUUUUGAAUUAAUUAUGGAAGUGCAAUACAAUUCAAUGAUACAUAUGUAAUCACGCCAUACGUGAAAGUACGUUAUAUAUGUAAUGUGUUAUGGAUAAAAUCAUUUUCCAUAUCGAAAUGAUAUCGAAAAGAGCACCAAGAAAGUAAAAUGUGGUUUCAAGAGUUGUUCAACUGAAAUCCACAUUUGUUUCACACUUGGUUCUUUAGCAUUAAAAGAUGUUCAGUUUUCAUGUCAAUCAUUUAUUUUUCGAGUUAAAAAUCGAAAAUGUCAUAAGUCAGUGAAACCUUUAUAUAAUGCUCAGGUACAGUCACUCAUUGUUAAGGAAAAAUCACCGGCGUUCUGUGUUCGAAAUUUCAAACACGUCGAAUCAUAAUUGUAUAAACUCUUCUCAUAAAACACAGAAAUAACAGAAACUGACUAUACGUUUCAUUGUUUGUGUUAGGUAUUUAUUCAAUCGUUUGUUAGGUAUGUUAAUUUACUUGAAAAUAAAUGACAAUUUGAUUUAUCUUAAAUAAUAAGGACCUUCUCGUGAGAGCUUUGUUUUUCUUGACAUCCAAUGUAAAAUACGAACCAGAAUAAGCUUUCUAUAUGAAGUUAUUUCAAAUGUAUUAAAGCUCUCAAUAAUCUCAUAACAGGUAAUUUGAUUUCAACGUGUUAAGCGAUUUACUCUCGCUAUAUACGGUACAUGCAAAAAAGUGUUCAUUUUUUAUAAUUUUGGAUGAGUUUACCGUAAGUUUCUUAGCUGGCUUAAUAAUAUUAUUUAUUACUUUUUUGGUUAUAAAUUAAUUUUGGCAACGUCGUUUCCGGAAGUAUCGACAUACAUGCUGAAUAAGAUAAUACCCGGAAGUAUUCGGGUGUACAUACAUGCAUGGUAAGUUAAUGUUGUAUGUUAGAAAAUUCAUUCCAUUUCGUCAUUAUUUGCAAUAAAACGGGUUUGUCCCUUUUAAUUUAUUCUUGUUAAUUUUAUCAUUUAUCGUGACUGUUUGUGUUUUUAAUGAUGUUUAAAACUUUAUUUGUUUAGCAAAUGCUUGAAUUAUCAUAAUUUGUCCAGAGUCUUGAUUAUGAAAAUCGCUACAAACCUCCAAUUAUUCGCGUACAUAUGCAUACUUCAUAUUUUUUAAUGAAUUUCUCAUAAAUCAUUAUGUUGGAAUUCAAUUUGUGUAUUCGUUGAAUGGGUUUAUAAUUACCUAAGAUUACAGUUGUAAUUAUCGAUGUAUGCGUUCAAAUAGCAUUCGUUACAAUAUAACAUAGCAAUUUUGUAUAUUUUAAUGAAUUUGGUUGGAUUCGCUAGACACAAAGCAUAUAUCAUUUCGAAAUUUCCGAAACCAAUUACAAAAUUAAACGCAAUCAUCUCUGCAUUUGUAUUACUCAAUUUGAACAUACAAACGGUUGUAAUUCUAGCUAAGCUAUUACUCAUAUUUACAAAUAAGAUAAAUCUCUUAUUUCUUUUUAAAUAUAGCUAUCGAUCUUUGGAACAAAUUACCUAAAGGGAGGCUGAUUCAGAUGUUUAUACUACAUUAUGAUAGAUGGUUUAAAUAUCUCUCCAUUACAACUUUCAGAAACCAACGUGCUCCGCUUGUGUUUCAACAGGGUGAAGUAGAAAAGGUUUUCAGAAUCAACCCUUUGAUAUUAAUUAUAAAAAAUACCCAACGAGUUACUGUAAUAUAAAACAUCGUUUUAAUUAACGCGGUAAUCAUAUAUAAAAGAUAAGUGCUCCCUACAAAAGUUGUUCAAAUUCACUUUCAGGAACAUUAUGAUUUAAUUUGCUAUAAUUGGCUAGGAUAAUGACCUGUGUCCAAAUUGACACUUGGAAACGUUUAAACUGUUUCUGUAGACUUAACUUUUAAACUGCAUUGUGAUACAAUAGACAAACACUUUUUAAAAGAAAUUAGCGCUCUUACACGAAACAAAUUUAAUUGGUCAUUGUGUCGGCACUAUUGUGAUGAUGUUAAUAUUGCUAGCAAAACGUGAAAACAAUAGAAUGUACAAUUCAUUAUAGAAAUAAUGAAACUGGUGAAGCGCCAAGUGUUUUAUAUUCAAUUGCUCAGUUAAUGUUGGUUGACAUAUUUAGGAGCAUAAAUCAGAAAAAUGGCUACUUUAUGCCACUAUGUCGUCGUCGCUACAAAUGUAUCGGCAAGCUAUAAAUACAAUGGAAUGAUCAACUGUCUUCUUUUAUGAUAUUGGAAAUACCUGUGGAAGUGAUACAGAAAACUCUAAAUUAUAUCGUAGUAUUAUUGUAUUAUAGUAUAUCGUAAAUCAUUAACAGUUCAUGAGAUACAGAAUCUUGUGUAAGUAUCGAACAUUAUUGGCCAGAAAAUAAAACAAAUCUAAAGAAGAUUGAGAUUGAGAAGUAUCUAAUCGAAUAUAUCUCCAGCAUCCAUCAACAUGUAUUGCAUUUUACAUUCUAGAAACACCGUUUAUUAAGAUUUACACAGUUUUCAUGGUUUCACAAUAAUAGUAUCCAACAGGUUUAUAGCGUAUUGGGUUUAUUCGUAUAUCUUUAUAUACCACUAAGGUACUACAUCUGUCUCAUUUCAAAUUUAGAUUAAAUUCUUGCUCAUGAAUAUUUUCAAAGAAACCUGGGAAUAUGUUAUUUCGCAAUAAGCAUUUGAUUUACGCUGUAUAAAUCGUAAAUAAAUGUUGUUAAUUGUAAUUGCUGUCAUUAUUAUUAGUACACCUAUUAUUUCAUCUAUUCGAGAUACACGUACUCAUUGUUUUUUACAGUAAACAUGAACGCUGUUCACACAAUGUGAUUGGCUGGUAUUUGAAGUAUCAAAUAAGAGCAGCGUGGGGUUCUUGUCCUUUUCAAGGGUGACAAGCAGCACGUUUAGUGUUACUACACUGCUACAACUGAACUUAUGUUGUAUGUGAAAAGAAUAUUUAUGUACAAAUAAAUGAGUGAAAACUAUCA